GCGCAGAGGAUCAGAGCCCUUCCACGGUCCUCUCCGUGGGAGCCCGAGUCCCUGUUUCCCAGCUCUUACGUGCUCAAGAAGCUGUUCUGUAAAUAAAGUAAAACCUGUGAAGAGACCGGACCCAGCCCCAGUGAUAUUACAAGAAGAGUCAAGCAAGGACUUUGGUCCUCGAUUCUACUGGCCAGCCAAGCCUAAAUGUGAUGGCUGUGCCGCCCAGGCCUCUACAGCUGCUGGGAAUACUGCUCAUCAUUUCCCUGAGCUCCGUCAGACUCACUCAGGCCGGUGCCUACUAUGGAAUCAAGCCUCUGCCACCUCAAAUUCCUCCUCAGAUACCACCACAAAUUCCACAGUACCAGCCCUUGGGUCAGCAAGUACCUCACAUGCCUUUGGGCAAAGAUGGUCUUUCCAUGGGCAAGGAGAUUCCCCACAUGCAGUAUGGCAAAGAGUACUCACACCUACCCCAAUAUAUGAAGGAAAUCCAACCUGUGCCAAGAAUGGGCAAGGAAGUGGUGCCCAAAAAAGGCAAAGAAAUACCAUUAGCCAGUUUGCGAGGAGAACAAGGACCCCGUGGAGAACCUGGACCGAGAGGACCACCUGGGCCACCCGGUUUGCCAGGUCAUGGAAUGCCUGGAAUCAAAGGAAAGCCAGGACCCCAGGGAUAUCCAGGAAUUGGAAAGCCGGGUAUGCCUGGCAUGCCUGGGAAGCCAGGCGCCAUGGGCAUGCCAGGGGCAAAAGGCGAAAUUGGACCCAAGGGGGAAAUCGGACCUAUGGGAAUCCCAGGGCCACAAGGACCUCCAGGACCUCAUGGACUUCCUGGCAUCGGGAAACCGGGUGGGCCAGGGUUACCAGGGCAACCAGGAGCAAAAGGUGAGAGAGGGCCCAAAGGACCGCCAGGACCUCCCGGCCUUCAGGGUCCCAAAGGAGAGAAGGGCUUCGGGAUGCCUGGUUUGCCAGGUCUGAAGGGUCCUCCAGGUAUGCAUGGCCCUCCUGGUCCUGUUGGGCUACCAGGAGUAGGAAAACCAGGAGUGACAGGCUUUCCUGGACCCCAGGGUCCCCUGGGGAAGCCAGGGCCUCCAGGGGAACCUGGACCACAAGGCCUUAUUGGUGUGCCAGGAGUUCAAGGACCUCCUGGGAUGCCUGGAGUUGGAAAACCUGGUCAGGAUGGGAUCCCUGGCCAACCAGGAUUUCCAGGUGGUAAAGGGGAACAAGGAUUGCCUGGCUUGCCUGGACCCCCAGGCCUCCCAGGAGUCGGAAAACCAGGUUUCCCAGGACCCAAAGGGGACCGGGGUAUUGGGGGUGUUCCUGGGGCUCUUGGACCGAGAGGGGAAAAGGGACCAGUAGGUGCUCCUGGAAUGGGGGGUCCCCCUGGAGAGCCAGGCCUACCUGGAAUCCCGGGUCCCAUGGGCCCUCCAGGUGCUAUUGGUUUCCCUGGACCCAAAGGAGAAGGUGGAGUUGUAGGACCACAGGGUCCGCCAGGUCCCAAGGGAGAGCCGGGCCUCCAAGGCUUCCCUGGGAAGCCAGGUUUUCUUGGUGAAGUGGGUCCCCCUGGCGUAAGGGGUUUGCCUGGUCCUAUAGGACCCAAGGGAGAAGCUGGUCAUAAAGGGUUGCCAGGGCUUCCCGGUGUUCCAGGGCUACUUGGACCCAAAGGAGAACCUGGCAUACCCGGGGAUCAGGGUUUACAGGGUCCCCCAGGCAUUCCAGGGAUUGCAGGACCUAGUGGCCCUAUUGGACCCCCUGGGAUUCCGGGUCCCAAAGGAGAACCAGGCCUCCCAGGGCCCCCGGGGUUCCCUGGUGUAGGGAAGCCAGGAGUAGCAGGACUUCAUGGUCCCCCAGGGAAACCUGGUGCCCUUGGACCUCAAGGCCAGCCUGGCCUUCCUGGGCCCCCAGGUCCUCCAGGGCCCCCAGGACCCCCAGCUGUGAUGCCCCCUACACCAUCACCCCAGGGAGAGUAUCUGCCAGAUAUGGGACUAGGAAUUGAUGGAGUGAAACCUCCACAUGCCUAUGCAGGCAAAAAGGGCAAGAACGGAGGGCCAGCCUAUGAGAUGCCUGCAUUUACUGCUGAGCUGACUGUACCUUUCCCACCAGUGGGGGCUCCAGUGAAGUUUGACAAGCUGCUAUACAACGGCAGACAGAACUACAACCCGCAAACGGGCAUCUUCACCUGUGAAGUCCCGGGUGUCUACUACUUUGCUUACCAUGUUCACUGCAAGGGAGGCAACGUAUGGGUUGCUCUCUUCAAGAACAACGAGCCCAUGAUGUACACAUACGACGAGUACAAGAAGGGCUUUCUAGACCAGGCAUCUGGAAGCGCAGUACUGCUGCUCCGGCCCGGAGACCGGGUAUUCCUCCAAAUGCCUUCAGAACAGGCUGCUGGACUCUAUGCCGGGCAAUAUGUCCACUCCUCCUUUUCAGGAUAUUUAUUGUAUCCCAUGUAAAAGAAAAAGAAAAGAAACAAAAAAUAAGAGAUUUAAUAGAAGAAAAGAAAA